AUGCCCCGCUCAUUUUUGGUGAAAAACAAAAGAUGCACUUCAUAUAAUGUGCACCGAUCAUAUGAAGAGGACCCGAAGGCCUCCACAGUAACAGAUGUCCCACUAGAGGUGGAGAGCACAGACUCCUCAGACAGGCCUCCUUCAGAAGGGCAGCUUUCCUCCACAGACAGUUGCACCUUUAAAAAUGAGGAGACAAAGCUUGAAUGCCCUUUGCCUGUUCACCCAGAGCCAACCAGACCCCCUGUUGCACCCACACAGCCUUACUACCUAACUGAGCCUCCCAUGGCAGAAUACCCUCCUUACUACGCCUGGGAUACGGUGCCCUCCUCUAUCGAGCUCCGUCAGAUGAGUUUCAGCCCCACGGUGCUGCAGCAUGCCAGCAAUCUGUACGGCACUCACAUCAGCCGCAGCCGCAGCCCUCAGCGUCAGCAGCCUCUGGACUGCAGCACGCAUUACUCCCCCACCUCCAACACCUACCACUGUAUCACCUGUGACAAGGUAUUCUCAACACCCCACGGACUGGAGGUUCACGUCAGAAGGUCACACAGUGGAACGCGACCUUUCGGCUGCAGCAUCUGCAGGAAAACCUUUGGCCAUGCUGUCAGCCUAGAGCAACACAUGAAUGUCCACUCUCAGGAAAAAAGUUUCGAGUGCAAGAUGUGCGGGAAGUCAUUUAAGCGCUCCUCUACUCUCUCCACACACCUGCUCAUCCACUCGGACACAAGGCCUUACCCCUGCCAGUACUGCGGCAAGAGGUUCCACCAGAAGUCUGAUAUGAAGAAACACACGUACAUUCACACUGGUGAAAAGCCCCACAAAUGCCAAGUGUGUGGCAAAGCGUUCAGCCAGAGCUCCAACCUGAUCACCCACAGCAGGAAACACACGGGCUUCAAACCGUUUGGAUGUGACGUUUGUUCUAAGGGCUUCCAGCGCAAGGUGGAUCUCCGCAGGCACCACGAGAGCCAGCAUGGCAUGAAGUGAAGCAUACAGGAAAAUACUCCUAAUGUUAACAGAAACAAUUGUUCAUAAGUGUACAUUCUUUUUUAAAUUAAAAAAUAAGUUAAUAUUACAUAUUAUCGUAGCUCAUGUAUAUUUUGGGUGGCUUUUACAGGUACAUGUACAAGAAUGAAGGCGUUGUGAAAUCAAAUUUUGC